CGGGCGGCGAUGGCGGCGGAGCGGCGGCGCCGGGUGGGCGGCGGCCUGGGUGAGCUUCUCCUCCGGAUACGUAAAGAAGGAAAGGACAAUAUCCCUGAACAUCCCUAUCUCUACGAGACCGAUGUAGAGAUCUCAUUGGUUGGUGGCAGUUGUAAAAGUCCUGUUGAGAAGUUUUGGAAUGGAAGCAGUGCAAUGUAUAUUUUGCAGAAAGCUACGCACAAUAAAGAAAGUGACUCCAUGGAGGAAUCAAGAACAGAUGAUGAUGAUGUUUAUGCAUCUGAGAUUUUUCCAAAGGAGAGUCCUGGAGCCCUGGCUCUUUCUGUUGGAAGAGCAAAGCAGUUGAUCUCCUUGUACACCAUGGUGCAAAACCCAAACGUGAGCAAUGUGGGGAUGAGUGACCUGGUUGUGCUUCCUCCCCUCUGGGCCAGGUGUGAUGGCUGUGACCCUCAGCACACCUGCUGGAUUGGAGCUGAGCCUCUCAAGGCUGGAAACAAAGUCACAGGGCUCAAUAUUUACACAGUUUCAUGUGAUGGUCCUACAGCUGAUAAAACUCGUUUUGCAAACCUGGAAGAGCUCAAAAUGGAACAUAAAAUAAGACAUCAUUCAUCUGUUGUGACAACAAAAGGAUUUGCUCAGUAUGAGCUGAUUACAGCUGCUGCAAUAGAGGACACCAUUGCAGAAUCUGGGAGCAACAUCUGUGUGGAUAUCACAUGGAAUGGUGUGGAAAAGAUUCUGGAGACUCCCCCACUGAUCUCUGCUGCCACCCUGAAUAUUGCCCUGGAGUCAGGGGACCCCAGAAGUCCCGUGUUCCAGCUGUACAGAGAGCUGCAGUUCCUCUUGGCUUUGGCUGAAGGUGUGAGGACGGGUGUGACUGAGUGGCCUGAGCCAUCAGAGUCUGAAUCAGCUCUUAAACUGGUGCAGGAAUUUCUGACUGAUUUAAAGAAGAAGCUGGAUGGAGAUUAUAUAUUUGGAAACAGGAAUGAAACAGAGAAAAUCAAGUGUGACACAGCUGCUGUGGACAGUUGCAUAAAAUCAAUCUUUGGUGAGCGAGGAGACCUGGAUUUUACUGAGCAAUUAUGGUGCAAAAUGAAAAGUGUCAGUUCAUAUCAGGAGUUAAUAGACUGUUUCACACUGGUCAUAAAAUCCCUGGAACAUGGUGAGAUACAGCCAUGGAUUCAUCAAGGGAGUAGCAGUUUCUUAAGUCAGUUGAUCCAACAGUCCUACCAUGGAAAGAUGGAGGAUGUUUCCCUCAGUGACAUCACUCCCAUUCAGAUGCUCCUGGAGAUUGGCUUGGAGAAGAUGAAGAAGGAUUAUGUCAGUUUUUUCAUAGGCCAGGAACUUGCAACAGUAACCUACUUGGAUUACUUCAUUUCCACAUCAGUGGAUCUGCAGGAACAAGUGCACCGUGUUCAAAAGCUUCACCAUAUGCUGGAAAUAAUGGUCAGCUGUACAGGCUUACUGCAGUUCAGACAUGAGAACCUCUUCCCUUUGACACAGAUUUGCAUGAAGUAUUACAAGGAGAACCCUCUGAAUGAGAAGCAUGUGUUUCAGCUGCCCAUCACACCAGCUCUGGUGAAGAAAUUCUAUCAAAAUGAUAACCCUGAAGUCUGGAAGGUGGAGAUAAGUAGUGGGCAUGGACAGAAGGAGGUUAAAACAACAUGGCAAGUCAGUACCAACGCUCCAGUUGAACAUGGGACAGCAAACAAUUCAGGUUUCUUUUCUGACUCCACAGUAAAUGGAAGCAGUGAAGAAAGGCUGUAUUUUAUUACCAUGACUCAGUGCAGUCAGGUGCAGUUCACUUAAGUUGAUGUUACUGAGCAGACAGGACUGGAAAGGUACAAAAAGGGGGAAAAUAUAGUGUCUUCUGUCCCAACAGAACUUUUAGAAACACUUAAACAGUUCAUUUUCACUGAUUUAUUUGCUUUAUUACACUUAAGUGGGACCUCCACAACCACAAUUCACCUGUAGCACCUCAUUUGUGAAAAAUGCAGUGCAAUUGUGACUGUUCAAUGUAAAUAUUUUGUAAAUAUGGUGGAUAUUUUUCAU